AUGCAGAUCAAUAAACGAGAUACUGUCUUACUUUUUUGUCUAAGUCUUCUUAGUUUGGUACGAGCUGUUCAUUUUCGAGGUGGCGUGAUUACGCAUAAGAUAUUGGGCAGUUCAGGAUCAACCAUAUCAAUUUUACUUUCACAAACUUACACGGUCACUCAUAUAUCGACUCCUUGUAAUGAUUCAUGGAUAAACAAUCUGUCAAAAGUAAUCGUUUUUUCCAUCAAAAUGCAAUGUUCCCAAAAAUGUGAUCGGAAUCAGUCUUUUGAAAAUCUGCUGCUUGGAGGAAUAUGCAUUGAUUACUCAGUCGUUUUGAACACAACAGUCCUUCAACUCUCCAAUAGAUUCGAUUUAGUAAACGCAUUCUGUUGUAUUGUUAUGUAUCAAGAUGGAAACUGGCGCGAAUUAUCAUUGCCAGUCGGAAUAGGAAUUGCUGGCAGUUGGAGUUUCUUAUCUGUAGUCGAUCUUCGAUUGAGAUCAAAUGGCAAAUUCAAUAGUCCACCUGCAUCUACAAUGAUUUCUCCAGUUGAAAUCUUCGUAGGAGUGGCACAAUUAAUUCCAAUACCAGUCAUUGAUCCUGACAAUGACCACAUACAAUGUCGUUUCGCACAAGGUGUGCAAGAAUGCGGCAGUGUAUGUUAUCCAAAUUCAUUACCUGCUGGAACGAUACUCUAUUCCAAUUGCACGUUAUUUAUCAACGGCUCCAACGUAAAUGACUGGUAUGCGGCAGCAAUCGUGAUCGAAGAUUUCGUCAGUUCGAUAUCGACUUCACCUUUAAGUACCAUCCCAUUACAAUUUUUGAUUCAUGUAAUUGAGAAACCGUCAUGUUCUCAUCAACCUGUCCUGACAAGUCCUAAUAAUCAUUAUGAACAAUGUAAUGAAGUUGCUGUUAAUCAAACCAUAUACAUUGAACUUGUAGCAGAAAACCUAUGUUCAAAUUCUACAGUAAUCAAAGACAUCGGUAUAUUAUCAUUUCCAUCUCUCACGAAAUCAUCUCUGAUACAAAAAAAUUCCUCAUCUACAUGGUCAGUUUUUCUAACAUGGAUCCCAACGGUUACACAAAUUGGAUCACAACUUCUCUGUGCUAUAGCUGUCGAUAGUGAACGUGUUCGAUCAAAUCAAUACUGCAUAUCGUUUAUCGUAGUAGGAGCAGAUACAAUCACAUGUGCUAGUCAGAGGUUGCCAACUACAACUGCUGAUUAUACAUCGGUGGUACGAUACAUAGAUGAGACAAGUACAGAGAGAAAUCUAGUUUCCUUACAAGACUCGACCACUCAUCGCGAUGAAGUGACUAAUGUUACAAUGAAUACAUUAGCAACAUCAACAUCAUCGUCUUCAGUUUGUCGUUCAACAUGGCUUUGGCUUGGACCUCUCCUUGCUUCACUUCUCACACUUCUAUGCGCUUUUCUGUUCUGUUGUUGCUGCUAUCCUUUCUGUUGCCCAAAUUGGCCUGGCAAGCAUCGUAACACACGUACUAUCGCAACAAAUACUUCUGAUCAGAGUGACUUAAUACUACCACCUCCAGAAUCUUAUACAGUGUAUGAUAUUGUUCAAUAUCAUCCUUCACAUCAAACGGCAAAAAUAGUUUCGCCUGAGUCAGUCAUGCAAACACAAUCGGAAAUGUUUAUGUUUGGCCGGCGAACCAUACAAAAACCGCAUAUUUUACACAAAAUCGAUCUUGGUCUUGAAAUUCUUGAUGAUUAUAUCAUUGAUGCUCAAUCGUACAUUCGCGACGAAGAAAUGCCAUCGAAACAAGAGUGUAACAUACCUGAGAUAACCAGUAAUUUCAAUCUUUCUGAAUACAAAUACAGAUGCCCUCGUCAUCGGUAUUCUAUUCGAUUGAUCGAACGAAGUCCAUUGAUUAUUUAUAUCGAACAAUUUCUUACUCAAAAUGAAAUUCAACAUAUCAUCGAUCUGGCUGAACCAUUAUUUCAACCGUCAAUGAUUCUAACUAAUGAUGGAAAUGCCGAUCGUAGUAAAGUUCGAACGUCAACAACUGCACCACUCGAACGUCAACAUACGCCGAUUGUCAAAUGUAUCGAACAACGAUUUGCCCAAUUUCAAGGCGAUCUCGAUGUCGAAUGCAUCGAACCAUUACAAGUAGUCAAAUACGACGCUGAUCAACACUAUGGACCUCACUACGAUUGGAUUAGUGACCCAGAACGAUUAAGAAUUAGUGGUCAGCGUGUAACAACAUUUUUUACUUAUCUUCAUGCGCAUUGUUCAAUGGGUGAGACUGAAUUCAUUAGCAUUCCAUUUAACAGAUCGUUACACGAACGAUUUUGCGAUAUAUUGGUUUGUGACGACAACUCAACUAAUUAUGGACUACGAUUCCGCCCAUUGGUAGGAAAUAGUGUCUUUUGGUAUAAUAUGGAUGAAUUUGGACAAGUAGAUUAUGCAACAUAUCAUACUGGACAUUCACCCGGAAAAAAUGGGCAAAAGAUCGGAUUGAACACAUGGACACGUUUAAACAAGUUUUUUCCUAUUAAAACAAAAACGUAG